AUGGCCAAGAUGGCGGCCUCCCUGGUGGAGAGUGGAGAAGAUGCAUUUAGAAAAAUUUUCAAGUUCUACAGGAGAAGAAACCCUCCGCCAGAUUUCAGCGAUGUCAUUGACUUCUCAAAAGGUGCAGCGAGUGACAAGGUAGUUCCAGCUAAAUUGGACCCUGCUGCAGUGAGUGAUGCAGAGGCUGCCAGGGCUGGAUUACAGCCUGUCAGAGACUGGAGAGCCUUCAGCCUGCAGGGCUACCCAGGGUUCAUCUUCAUCUCCAACCCGUUUCUUUUGGGCUCCCAACCCUUCUGGGUCAGACAGUGUCUGAAGACCUACCCUCAGAAGCCCAAUGUCUGCAACCUGGACAUGCACAUGUCUCCCUCUGAAACCGAAGACAUCUGGGGCAAGAGCAUACAUGGUCUCAGCUGUCCUCUCUCUGGAAAGAGACAACCAAAGACUCUACUGGAGAAGCUGCGCUGGGUCACUCUGGGAUAUCAUUACAACUGGGAUACCAAGACUUACUCUGCCAACCAUUACACUCCUUUCCCAGCCGAUCUCCACCAGCUGUCCGUCCAGAUAACAGCCGCCUGUGGGUUCCCGGGAUUCAACGCAGAGGCUGGAAUCCUCAACUACUACCGAUCUGAUUCCUCUCUAGGAAUCCAUGUGGACGAAUCAGAACUAGAUCAUAGCCGCCCGCUACUGUCAUUGAGUUUUGGGCAGUCAGCCAUCUUCCUCCUGGGAGGCACUCACAGACAGGACCCCCCCACUGCUCUGUACAUGCACAGUGGGGAUGUGAUGUUGAUGUCAGGACAGAGCCGCCUCCUUUACCAUGCUGUCCCACGCAUCGUCCCAGCGCCUCAGGGACACACCUCUUUAGAGAUGGAAGGCUGCAGCCUGGCCUCAUCCCUGCAGGACAACAGUGUGGUGGAGCAGAUUUCAGAGCAGGACUGGGCAGUGUGUUCCAAGUACAUCCAGAGCUCCAGAGUCAAUGUGACUGUCAGACAGGUGCUGGGGCCGGGGCAGAGCUUCCCAGAAACUGCCUCUUAUCACCAAAGGACUGAUGCAGGCCAGACAGACGGGUACCACGACAGACCGGCAGACCGAAAGAUGAAGAGGAGCAGAAGCUGUGACUCUGUUGAUAAUGAUGAGACUUGAAACAGACUGUCUCCUCUGAUACCAGAGUCAGAAACCAGAAAGAACUUUGGCCAGAUGUUAGUCACAGUUAUCUGCUGUCUGCUUACUGAGAGCAGGAAGGUCCACCCACCCUCCAUGUGUCUGUCUGAGGACAUAAACUGAUUACUCACAAGAAGGUAUCAAAACCAACACACAGGAUCCAGUCUCACUGAACAGUCACGUUCAGAGGACAGUGGAGUGGGUAUUGUUUUAAAUUUAGAGGAAAUUUCAACAUUUGCAAAGGUUUGGAUUUUAAUAUUUCCUCCAGUGAAAACAACACAAUGUGUCAAUGAAGCGGAUGCAGUAUGUGUGUAUAGUUAAGUGUGUAAGUAGUGCAGUGGCACUUUACUCAUUGUUGUCAGUGUGAACUCUGGCAGACUGAAGCAGAAAUUAAAGAAAGUC